CAUAUGGGGUGGCCUGGCUGCUAGCUGGUUGGCAGCUUAUAAAAGGAAAAUUAAAAUGGGUAAUCGUGCUGGGUUGAUGAUUUGGUGCUUGAUUGCACUAGUACUUGUUCUUGAUCUUAAGGCCACAACUGCAGAAACUUACAUUGUUGGCGACGGAAUGGAAUGGGACAUUCCUCCACUUGGCUCCAUUGCCUACAGAACCUGGGCUCGUAGCAAUGUUUUUGAACUUGGUGACACCAUAGUGUUCAACUGGACUGGGACGCACGAUGUUGCUGAAGUGACUAAAGAAAACUACGACAACUGCACAGGCACUGACGCCAUUGAUCUGAGACAAACAAGCCCAGCAAAUUUCACUUUAACGACGAACAGCACUCGCUACUUCAUCUGCACAAUUAGCAACCACUGCGACCUCGGCCAAAAGGUGACCAUCAAUAUCGGAGAUCAGUGGAGCUCAGCUUCAUCUCUGGCUGUUGGUGCUCUUUCUGCAAUUCUCUCCACCAUCGCCAUCUCUUUCUUGACAUUUUUCUGAAGCUUUCAUUAAGAUAUAAACUAUUCAUUAUGUGAUCAUUAAUGCAGCCUUUUCUUUUUGUUUCUUUUUGUGGUUUGUUUUUUGUUAAGAAAAUUGUAUGUUGUUCUUGUAGUGUGGAACACGUCACGAAUCAUGUACCAUAUAUUGGAUUGAUAAGUAAUUACAAUAAUGGAGAUUAUCACAGCUCAUUUGAUUCCCAAA